AUGACUGAACUCAACAUGGAAACGAAACGAGUCAAACAAAUAAAAUUUACUUUACUUUCUUCUGAACAAAUCAGAAAAAUGGGUGUUUGUAAGAUUACUGAAAGUACUUCAGUUAGUAGCGAUGGUAAACCAGUUUUAGGUGGACUUGCCGAUCCUCGUAUGGGACCAUUUGAAAAAGGAGAAGAAUGUCAAACAUGUAGAGGAACAAGGACAGAAUGUCCUGGUCAUUUUGGAUAUAUAGAAUUAACACAACCAGUUUAUAAUGCUAUAUAUAUGAAAUAUAUUUUACAUGUAUUAAAGUGUGUUUGUCCAAUUUGUAAACGAAUAUAUUGUCAUGGAGAUGAAAGAGUUAAAAAUAUUAAAAGUACUGGAGAAGAACGAUUAAAAGAAAUUUAUGAGUUUAUUCAUAAAAACUAUAAAGCUUGUGGAGUUUUAUCUGAGAAGAAAAAAGAUCUUGAUAAACACCAAAAUAAUGAAGAAGAAGAACAAAAUCCAUGUAAUGGACCAAUUGUAGAUUAUGAACUUCCUAAAUUAAAAUCAGAAAAUAAAUUAGAAAUUAGAAGAAAAAAUGGAAUAAAAACUAAUGAAGAAAAUGAUUUUAAACCAAGAGAUGCACUUGCAAUAUUUAAAGAUAUGACUGAUGAAGAUGUUAGAGUACUUGGAUUUGAUCCAAUUGAUUGUCAUCCUAAAUUUAUGAUUUUUACAUUAAUUCCAGUACCACCACCAUGUGUUAGACCAUCUAUUGUAUCAGAAGGAGCAAAAGAAUCUAAAGAUGAUUUGACUGUAUUAUAUGAAAAUGUAAUAACUGCUAAUGAAAGACUAAAAGAAGAAAAUCAAAAAUGUGAAGGAGUAUCAGAGUAUUAUAAUAAAUUAAUGGAAUUACAAACUAUUUGUGCAAAAAUAUCAAUGAAAAAUGUUAAACUUCCAGAAACCAUGUUGAGAAAGAAAAAUUUUAAAUCAAUUGAAGAAAGACUUUCAAGUAAACAAGGUAGAUUAAGAUUAAAUCUAAUGGGAAAAAGAGUUGAUUUUUCUGCAAGAACAGUUAUUUCACCAGAUCCAAAUUUAUCAAUGGAUGAAGUUGGAGUACCAACAGGAGUUGCUAAAAUUUUAACAUUUCCAGAAGUAGUUACUCAACAUAAUAAAGAAAAAUUACAAAAAUUAGUUAAUGCUGGAAUGAAUGAUUAUCCAGGAGCAUUUAUGUUAGAAAGAAAGAACGGACAAACAUAUAGAUUAAAUGGAUCAGAAAAAAUUAUUGAUAUUGGAGAUACUGUGCAUAGAUAUAUUAUGAAUGGAGAUUAUGUUAUUUUUAAUAGACAACCUUCAUUACAUAGAAUGAGUAUGAUGGGUCAUAAAGUUAGAGUUUUACCAUUUUCUACAUUUAGAAUGAAUUUAUGUGAUACUACACCUUAUAAUGCAGAUUUUGAUGGAGAUGAAAUGAAUUUACAUGUACCACAAACACUUGAAGCAAGAGCUGAAGUUGCUACAUUAAUGUUAACACCAACACAAAUUAUUACACCACAAGAUAAUGGACCAAUUAUGGGUAUUGUACAAGAUACACAAUGUGGAAGUUAUUUAAUUACAAAAAGAGAAACGUUUAUUGAACAAUUAGUAUUUUAUAAUAUCUUACAAUGUUUAGAUAACUUUGAUGGAACAGUUCCAAUUCCUGCAAUAUUAAAACCAAUUCCUAAAUGGACUGGGAAACAAGUAUUCACUCAAAUUCUUCCUACUAUUAAUUUUCAUAGAGGUAAUUGGUCAAUUAAAGAAUUAUUAAAACGUGGACCAGCAGUAGCUGAUUCUGAUGUAUAUAUAUUAGAUGGUGUUCAUUUAGUUGGGUCAUUAAGAAAUAAAUCAGAAUUUGGAAAGAAUAGAUCAGGUAUUAUCCAAACUAUUUUUAAAGAUAAAGGAAUGGAAGCAACUAAAGUAUUCUUUAAUAAAACACAAGCCACUGUUAAUAGUUGGAUAUUAACAAGAGGAUUUACAGUUGGAGUAGGAGAUAUUGUUGUACCACAAUCUGUUCAUGACUCUAUUAGAGCAAAUGUCGAAAAAAGUAAAAAAGAAGCAGUAAAAUUUCUUAGCCAUCAACAUGAUGAUGAAAUUAAAGUACAAGCAGGAAAUACUAUGUUCGAAAAUCUUGAAAGUGAAUUAGGUAGUUUGUUAGAAAAAUUAAAAAAUGAAUGUGAUUCUAUUACUACAAAAUCAUUAAAAAAAGAUAAUAAUUUACUUGCUAUGGUAGAUUCAGGAAGUAAAGGAAGUACAACUAAUAUUCUUCAAAUGGUAGCUUUUGUUGGAAAACAAGAAAUUAAUAAUUUAAGAAUUCCAUUUGGAUUUUAUAAAAGAACAUUACCACAUUAUUGGAAAGAAGAUUAUGGAUUUGUUUCUAGAGGGUUUGUAGAAAAUAGUUAUGUGAUGGGAUUAUCUCCACAAGAAUUUUUCUUUCAUGCUAUGGCAGGUAGACAAGGUAUUAUUGAUACUGCUGUUAAAACAUCAGAUACUGGAUAUAUUCAAAGAAAAAUGGUUAAAUGUAUGGAAGAUGUACAAUGUAAAUAUGAUCGUACAGUUAGAAGAUCUAGUGGAGAUAUGGUAGAAUUUAUGUAUGGAGGAGAUGGAGUAGAUGCAUUAAUGUGUGAAACACAAAAAUACAUUUAUUGUAAUGAUUCAAAACCUGAUAAUUUUGAAGGAAGUAUUAAUGAAUAUGAUACUUUAAAAAUGAAUGAACUUUAUAAAUGGGAUUUAAAUGAUGAAAAAUUAAGUGAACUAUUAGAUGAAGAUAUUUAUAAUAAAUUAUUUAGUGACGAAUAUCAAACAUUAUUUGAUAAUGAAUUCCAAAGAAUAUUAGAUGAAAGAGCAGAAUUAUAUCAACCAUGGAGAAGAAGUCUUGAUUUAAAACCAUGUGAUAUUCAUAUUGUUGUUAAUUUUGCAAGACAAAUUGAUAAUGUUAUUGCAGCAAGAUAUUUACCAAAGAGUCAAAGAAGUAAUUUAGAUCCAAAAUAUGUUAUUGAAAGAGAAAAUGCAUUAAUUAAAGAAUUAUCUUCAAUUGGAGCUGUUAAAAAUGAUAAAUUUGAUGAAGAAAGAUUUAAAGAUGCACUUGGAUCAUUUGGUAAAUUAUUACACUGUACAUUAAGUAGUAAACAAUGUUUAAUUCAACAUCAUUUAUCUAAAGAAUCAUUUGAUGAUUUAAUGGAUAGAAUUAAAAAUAUUUAUGAACGUUCAUUUAUCAAUCCUGGAGAAAUGGUUGGAAGUAUUGCUGCUCAAUCUAUUGGUGCACCAGCAACUCAAAUGACUUUAAAUACAUUCCAUCAUGCAGGUAUUUCAUCUGCUAGUGUAACUGAAGGAGUCCCACGUUUAAAAGAAUUAUUAAAUGUAUCUAAAACACCAAAGACACCAAGUAUGAAUGUUUAUUUAACAAAUGAUACAAGAGAGUCAAUGGUUGAUUUAGAUAAAGAAUUAAAUAAAACUAUUCCUUACACUAAAUUAAAAGAUCUUAUAGAUAAUGUGGAAAUUUGGUUUGAUCCUGAUAUUGCCAAUUCAGUUAUUGAAGAAGACAGAGAAUUUAUUAAUGAUUUUAUUGAAGUUGAAGAAAUUAAACCAGAAGACUAUUGUAAAUGGACAAUAAGAUUAGUAUUUGGAUAUAAUAAAAUGGUUUCUAUGGGAGUUGAUUCUGAUUCAGAUAUUUUAAGAGUAAAAAUAAAAGAAUUAUUUAAAGAUGCAUUAGUUAUUCCAUCAGACUCAAAUAAUAUUGUAAAUGGUACUGUUAAAAUUGUUGUUCAUAUUAGAUUUAGAGUUGGAAGUAUAUCUGAAUGUUCUAAUAUAGAUCAUUUAACUGAUGAAGUUGAUAAAAGUGUUGAAGCAGUAGCAUAUUAUAAAUCUAAAUUAGAUGAAUUAUUAAGGACUGUUGUUAUUUCUGGAAUUGAAGGAAUUACAAAAGUUAUUAUUCCUCAAAAACCAAAAAAUACAAUUGUAGUUGAUCCAGAAACAAAAAUGUUAAGAGAUCAAUUACAAUGGGUAGUAUUUACUGAAGGAUCUAAUAUGGCAGGUUUAGCUGAAUGUGAUAAUGUUGAUUUUUAUAAAACUGUUACAAAUAAUGUUUAUGAAACGUUCCUUUAUUUAGGUAUUGAAGCAGGUAGAACUCAACUUGAAGCAGAACUUAUUAAAACAUUAUCUGGGUCAUAUGUUAAUUUUAGACAUUUAGCUCUUAUGGCUGAUGUUAUGACAUUUACUGGUAGAAUUCAACCUUUUAAUAGAAUGGGUUUAUCACGUGGAAGAGCAGGAGUUAUUACUAGAGCUUCAUUUGAACAAACAUUAGAACAAUUUAGAAGAGCAGCUGCAUUUAGUGAAUCAGAUAUUUUAAAUGGUAUUUCUCAAAAUAUUUUAAUGGGACAAAGGACUGUUGCAGGAACUGGUGCAUUUACUGUAUUACUUGAUAUAGAUUCAUUAAAAGCAUCAAAUAUUGAUGAAAACUCAUUUAGUGAAGAAGAAGCUGAUAAAAAAGCAUUCAUUGAUGGAUUUGAUGUGUCUCCAAUUAGAACUCAUUUGGUUAUGUCUCCAACAAAUACCAAUAAACCAAAACCAAUGGGAUUCUCUCCUUCACCAGUUUCUCCAAGAAAAACACAUCCACAAUUUGCUACUCCAUCACCAUUUAUAACCUCUUCUUCUCCAAGAUCUUCACCUAUGUUAAUGCAAUUUACUCCUCGUUUUAGUUCAGGUCCUUCACCAUAUAAUCCAGCUACUGGUGCAUUAUCUAAACCUGCAUUUUUAUCAUCACCAAUGUUUGCUGGUAAACAAUCUUCACCUUAUAAUAAUCCUAAUCCAUCACCAUUCUUAGGUUCAACACCUGCGUUCCAAGGUAUUUCAUCACCAUUUAUUAAUUACUCAUCACCUAGUAUAUUCCCUAAACCACAAGAUAAAUGA